CAGGAGGAGCGUAGUGAUGUUUCUCACGGGAGAGCAGAGUCACAUCAAAGUAACGAAUACAUUGGCCCUAUUGCUUAAUUAGACUGCAGACCCGGAGGCCGAGACAAUAAGACAGCACAGCCAAGCCAACCUCUCUCUCGAUCGCCCCCCCCCCGAUAGGACAGUCAUCCCUCCCUCCCUCGCUCGGUCGUCCCCCUUCCUCCAUCCCUCCCUUCCCGGCCUUGAAAGCUAUUGAGCCCAGAUUGACAGCGCAGUCCCUCCCUGCUUCAGCUGUGCUGUCUGCCGGCCAAUCACUCACUGCAGAACAGCCUGCAUCACUUGGUGGAUGCCCGCUGGAUCUUGACGAUGUUAGGGCUCCAUCCAUCGAUCGACGAGUUGGCCCGGGCCAGCCAUGCAGCGGCUGCAUUGCACUGACGCACAGUCCCGAUGCGCUUGAAGCGCAACGACCUCCACUCGUGGCCAUCGCCAGGGACGUAACAAGACUGCCCCUGCUGAUUCUUCUCAACCGCAGCGCCCUCCUGCACAGUCUUCUUGCUUCGUCUCUUCUUGCCAGUCGUCUCGUUCUCGUCUUUUUUCCCGUCGCCCGCUGCUCCGAUGGUGUUGGCUUUUGUCUUCAGCUCAUCGCUGUGAUCUGCGUGCAGAGCAGCUGCAGCGCCGUGCUGCUGAGUCUUCUUGCCUCCUCUCUUUUGGGCCAGGCGUCUCGUUCUCGUCGCUUUUCUCGUCGGGACGCUUUUCUCUCUUUCUCGUAGCCGUCGUCCCGCUCGUGCUUGUCUUCAGCUCAUCGCUGUGAUGUCCGUCCAGUGCAUCACCCGCAGCCAUCUCCCCCCGCUUGUGCCCAUGGAGAUGAGGUGGCGACUUGUCCUCCUGCGCCAUCAGCACGGUCUCUCGGGCAGCAUGUUCAUCAUUUGUUGCUGCGCGACGCUCGUGUAUCUUGGUCAGGCGAGUGUGCGUCGAGUGCGGGACCAGAAGGGUGGAUGGAGGUCGACGAUGUGUUGCUUGCCCCGUCGAAUCUGUGUGUGCUUUCUUCAGUCGCUGAUAUGUCGAACGCACCACCACAGGACGAUUCUCGGAGUCCUUCCCUGCCCAUGCGCUCUCACAGAAACAGCACAAAUGAGCCAACCGAAGGCAUGCAUCCGCAUGUGAGUCACCGUACAUACCUUCAUUCUUGCGUUUCUGUGCCGCUUCAUCUCCUCUCGCUAGAUCAGCCUUGGCUGUCUUCCUCCCCCAGGCAUCCUUGCCGCUGAUCUUCGUCUUGCGUGGUGCCGUUUUGCCAUCUCUGUCCCACUUGAGCGUCGCCAUGUCGCUCCCCACACCGAUGUAGACCCUCGGCAGGCCAUUGCUCCUCAACACCCCUCUCUCCAUGUGCACGCAGCCGAGAGCACUCCAAUACACUCAGAAAAGGAUUUCUGGCAAAGUAAACGCGUUGUAGGCACGCCCCAAGGGCUUG